AACAUUACAUUUUAUUUCAUCAGAUAAAUAUUUGAAUAUUCGCACGCACUCGACUUCUGUAGACAUUUAUUUGGUUUAAAGAAUGAAUUUGACAUUUGUUGUCCGAAACAGUUGUUGUCAAAUGUUGAUCAUAUCCAACAAAGUUAUGCUGAAGUCAUUGAUCAACACGGUUUUUUUUUAAAUUAUUUCCCAACUUAUUUCACACAAUUGACAAAUUUAAAAUGUUUAAGAAUUUAGUAACACUUGUGACUGGUGGAGCAUCAGGUCUUGGCAAAGCAACGGUCACCCGAUUCGUUAACAAAGGCUCAAAAGUGGUGUUUUGUGAUUUACCAACAUCAAAUGGUGCGAACGUAGCGAAAGAAUUGGGUGAAAAUGCACAUUACAUACCAGCCGAUGUAACAUCCGAAGAAGAUGUUCGACGUGUGCUAUCGGAAAUUUCCAAAAAUUAUGGCAAACUAAAUGUAUUAGUUAAUUGUGCCGGCCUAAUGAAUGCCUAUAUCACAUACAAUUUUAUUAAAGAAAAGCCAAGACAUCAUGAGGAUUUUAUAAAAAUAUUGAAGACAAAUGUUGUUGGAACUUUUAAUGUGUCACGAUUGGCCGUUGGAUUAAUUGGUAAAAAUACGCCGGACAAUGAUGGAUUACGGGGUGUGAUUAUAAAUACUGCGGGCAUUGAAGCAUUUGAUGGAGUUCAAGGCCAAAGUGCUACUGCAGCCGCAUCAGGGGCAAUCCACAGCUUAACAAAACCGAUGGCGGCUGAUUUCAAAGACAUUGGCAUUCGUGUGGUGGCGAUUGCACCUGGCAUUAUUCAAACACCACUGAACGAUCAAAUUCCAAGCGAGGAGGUGGAGGCUAUUGUGAAAGAAUGUAUUCCAAUACCAAAUCGAUUUGGUCAUCCAGACGAAUUUGCACAAUUAGUACAAACAAUUGUCGCUAAUCCAUACAUUAAUGCCACUACAAUUGAAUUAUCCGCUGGACUUAAUUUCCAAUUUUAAUUUGUAUCCAAAUACGAGAAAAAAAAUCGUAUAAUUAUUAUUUAGAAAUCGUCGUUUUUUGGGAAUCAAAAUUCUAUAAAUUAAUGUACUAUUUCGAAACCAAUGGCUAUGCCGUCACCGAUCAACUCUAGUUUGGUCAGUAUAUUGGCUGGCACAUAUGAUACCAGAUCUGCAGUACUAAAAUUGAAAAAUCAAAAUUGAAUUAUAAAAUAAAACCGAAUUGAAUUUUAUUUGUUUUCAUAA